GUCUCGGUAUUUCAACUAAAAUAUCACUACCAUGAUCUAAACAAUCAUGAUGGAUUUGUAUUAUUAGACGUUUUAAAACUAAAUUGUUCAUAUCACGAUGAUGAGCUUAAUAGAGUCCACCAAAACACUCUAUACGACGUCAACGCACCAUGAGAAUACCUUAUUUUCAAAUGUAAAGCAAGAAUUAUUAAACGGCUUGAAUCAUCCGUACGUCGGAAUGAGCCCCGCCUGACGGUUGGUUCAUCGUCCGUACUCUUUUGGUCGGUUCCAUAGCAUUUUCGCAAACCAAACAAGAAAAUGGUAAAUUUUCUCAAAUUGUAAACUUUACUUUCCUUCGUUCCAAAAAACCUUUAACUCUUUGCUCUGAAAUAGCUGCAGACUCCCAACAGCGGCAGUUACUCUGUCUCGGCCGUUGCUCCCCUUCAUUAAAAUCCAUCAAUCAAUAAAUAAUACUCCAAACAUAUACUAGUAGCUAGAGAGAGAGAGAGAGAGAGAGAGAGGAUGAAGGAAGGCAAUGAAGGGUUUGUGAGGGCGGAUCAGAUAGAUCUGAAGAGCAUAGACGAGCAACUUCAGAGGCAUUUGAGCAGAGCAUGGACUAUGGAAAAGAACAAGAAGCAACAACAACACGGAGGAGGAGGAGAAGAAGAAGAAGAAGAAGAGCAUCAUCGUCGUCGUCACCGGAAUGUGAGGAGGCCCACUACUAGACAGGAAUGGGAAAUCGAUCCUUCCAAGCUCAUCAUCAAGUCCGUCAUUGCACGCGGCUCUUUCGGCACAGUCCACCGCGGUUUCUAUGACGGCCUUGACGUUGCAGUUAAACUUCUUGAUUGGGGAGAAGAGGGUCAGAGGACAGAGGCAGAAAUAACAUCACUCAGGGCAGAUUUUACACAAGAAGUGGUUGUGUGGCACAAGCUCGAUCAUCCUAAUGUAACAAAGUUCAUAGGGGCUACAUUGGGCACACCAGAGCUUAACAUACAGACAGAUAAUGGUCAUAUUGAUAUGCCAAGAAAUGUUUGUUGUGUCGUCGUUGAAUACCUUCCUGGGGGUACGCUGAAAUCUUUCCUUAUCAAAAGUAGAAGAAGGAAGCUAGCUUUUAAAGUAGUCAUUCAACUAGCGCUGGAUCUUGCAAGAGGGUUGAGCUAUCUUCAUUCCAAGAAGAUUGUCCACAGAGAUGUAAAGACAGAAAAUAUGCUACUGGACAAGACGCGGACAGUUAAAAUAGCUGACUUCGGGGUUGCUCGUGUUGAGGCUUCAAAUCCUAAUGACAUGACUGGCGAAACGGGAACCCUUGGUUACAUGGCACCUGAGGUUCUAAAUGGCAACCCAUAUAACAGGAAAUGUGAUGUAUAUAGUUUCGGUAUCUGCUUGUGGGAGAUAUACUGCUGUGACAUGCCGUAUCCUGACCUCAGUUUCUCAGAAGUGACAUCAGCUGUUGUCUGCCAGAAUUUGAGGCCAGAGAUACCUCGAUGUUGCCCAAGCUCGAUUGCAAAUGUAAUGAAACGCUGCUGGGAUGCUAACCCUGACAAGCGGCCAGAGAUGGACGAGGUAGUUCCCAUGUUGGAAGCCAUAGACACAUCGAAAGGUGGAGGUAUGAUCCCUCUCGAUCAGUCUCAAGGAUGUUUCUGCUUCCGUAGGCACCGAGGGCCUUGACUAUGUUACUCCUCUCAAGGCAGAUUCAACUAUUUGAAUUUGUGAUACAAAAUUAUAAGCAUCAUCAUUGUAGGUAAUUAAGUCAAGGGAAUAGGGAGUGGAAUCCCUGUUUCUUCUAGUUCCUUUAAGUUAAUGAUGAGUAUCCAUUCCUAGGAUGGGAAGGAACAUAUGUUCGAUGUGCUCAUAUGUCGACGAUUUCUACUGUUUCUAUUGGUGGGAAAUUUGACCAACUUUGUGAACCAUGAUAUCCUGGCAUGGUAAGCCAUAUUCAGUGGCGGAACCAGUAUUUUCAAAGAGAAGGUGCCGAAAAUUAAAAGUUGAA